AUGUUGUCAUCAAAAAGAAGCGAAGCUGAGCUGAGUGGAGGCCAGCAGCAGAUUAGGGAAGAGUGGGAUAAGCAGAUCUCCCAGAAAACCGAUGCCUGUGCUUUGGAGCCACAAGACUUUGAAAACCAAAUAGCAAAAUUGAGAGGACAUGGGGAAAGAUUUCAGUUACCUACCCCCUUUGUCCAGCAAGUUUAUCAAUUAGAGGAUGUUUGGGAUGACAUAUCCAGUAUUCUGAAAGCAAAACAUGUGGAACUGAACUCUCCUUCCGUCAGUGAGAGCCAGUACGAGGACUUACUUCAUGGGUUUGCAGAGCUGGUAGCUAUUGGGCAAGAGAAGGUUGCACGAGAUCCAAAGAAGCUAACAAAAAGCAGAGCCUUUUUCCACUACCUCAUCACCCGCGUGGUUUUCAUGCGAGAGAUUUCCAAGAGAGUGGUUCCCCCCAUCUUGCAAAAAAAAUUCUGGACAGAGAUGGUGAACUAAAUCAAGUUGCUGGAGCAGAAGGCCUGCCAGUAUGGUUUUCACUUAGAGAGCCUAUUGAAGGAAUGGAUGGAAAUUGAUGAUGAAUGCCUGGUUUUCAAUAAGGAGUUAGAGGCACUUGCGUCUACGUUGCCUUCUGUGAAUUUGGUUAAAGAAACUGAAGACCCAUUAAUGGAGAGGAUUGCAGUUCUACAGCAAAUGCAAAGCAGUGUUGAUGAAAAGCAUGCCAGGCUGCACCAGGUGGUGAAAGAAGGGAAGAAAUUGCUGACUGCUGUGAGCUGUCCAGAAAAAAGAAGCCAGAUUGGGAAGCUAGAAGAGCAGUAGUUGUCUUUAACCAAAAAAGUUGGCCAUGAACUACAUCAACUUCAGACCUUACUGAAACUCUUGGUCAGCUACAACAGAGACUCAGAAGAGUUAAUGAAAUGGCUGGAUUCUGCUCAGCAGAGAAUGAACUUUUGGAAGGAGCAGUCUCUCAAUGCUUCACAGGAUCUUCCCACCAUCAAGGAUAACAUUAACAGUUUGUUUGAAGCUGAUGAAAAAUCUUCCUUGAAGUCAUCUGUGGUGAGCACUGCCAACCAGCUCUUUCACGUGAAGCGAGCUGAUACCACAGCACUUACGUCACCCUUGGCAAAGUUCGAGCAAAAAUGGGGAGAGCUGAUCACACAGCUCCCAGCCAUCCAAGAAAAACUUCAUCAGGUUCAAAUGGAAAGACUUUCAGUACAGGAAGCUGUUGCAGAACUACUGACCUGGCUGGACCAUGUGGAACAACAGCAGGGACAUGAGGAGCCUAUAAAUUCAAUUACCCAAGUCAGGAGCCUCCUUCAGAAGUACAAGGAAUAUAUGAUGGAAAUGAAUUUUAAACAGACGAUGGUAGAUUCUGUUAACCAGUCACUCUUGGAGAUGAGCACUUGUGACAUGCAAAGCAAACAUUACAAAAGGACAGAAUUUGCUGAGUGUCUUGGAGAGAUGAACCUGUGGUGGCACAGGCUGCAGGCAUCUCUGAACAGAAAGAUACAAGACCUGGAACACAUUUUUGAGAAUAUUACUGAAAAUGAGAACAAAGCACAGACUCUAUGCAACUGGUCGGAAGCUCAGAGUGAUCGACUGAGACCUUUACAAACCCCAGCAAGUCUGAUCUCUGCACAGAUGACAUUAGAUGAUUGCAAGGUAUUUCUGCAUAAGCAGGAGAUCGAGGAGAGGCUCGCAACGAGGGUUGUGUUCAAUGGAAAGAAUAAGGACCUGUGCUCCUGGCUGGUGCAAAUGGAAAGCAAAGUAUUACAGACUGCAGAUGUUAGCAUUGAAGACAUGAUAGACAAACUGCAGAAGGAUUGCGUGGAAGAAAUAAACCUAUUCAGUGAAAAUAAGCUUCACUUGGAGCAAAUGGGCAAUCUGCUAAGGAAAGCUAGCAACAAGAGCCGGGUUGCUGAAAUAGAUAAUAAACUCAACCAAAUCCAUGAUCGCUGGCAACAUCUCCUGGCUGCCACUGGAGUGCGGGUGAAGAAACUGAAGGAAAUGCUGUCUUUUAUACAGCUUUUGGACAAAAACACAAGUAACCUUUGCAUCUGGUUGGCCCAGAUUGAGCCUGAGCUUUCUAAGCCUGUUGUAUAUGACAUCUGCAAUGACCAAGAAAUCCAGACGAGACUGGCAGAGCAGCAGGAUCUACAACAAGACAUAAAGCAGCAGACGGAACGGGUGGAAUUGAUGUUUAAUAUUUCUGAAGUCCUGCUCCAUGACUCGGAUGCGUAUGCUAAUGAGACAGAGUGUGACUCCAUCCAGCAGACUAGAAGGAGUUUGAAUAGAUGGUGGAGAAACAUUUUUGCCAUGUCUAUGGAAGGGUGAAUGAAAAUCAAGGAAGCCUGGCGCUUGUGGCAGAGGUUUUUGGACAACUAUUCUCGCUUUGAAGAUUGGCUAAUAUCAUCUGAAAUCGUUGCAGCUAGGCCUAAUUCUUCAGAGGUUUUGUACACAGACGCAAAGGAGGAGUUGAAGAAAUUUAAGGCAUUCCAACAGCACAUUCGUGAACGACUCACUCAGUUGGAGCUGAUCAAUAAGCGGUACAGGCGGCUCGCCAGUGAGAACCGCACUGACUCAGCCAGAGCAUUGACACGGAUGGUACAUGAAGGCAACCAGCGCUGGGAUAAUCUCCAAAAAUGGGUUGCUGCCAUUUUGAGGAGACUCAAGCACUUCACCAACAGGAGAGAUGGGUUUGAGGGGACAAGGGAAAGCAUUGUUGUUUGGCUCACAGAAAUGGACCUCCAGCUGACCAAUGUGGAGCACUUCUCAAAAAGUAACUUUGACAAAAUGUGCCAGUUAAAUGGUUUCCAGCAGGAAAUAACACUAAGCACCAAUAAGAUUAAUCAGUUAAUUGUUUUUGGGGAGCAUUUGUUUCAGAAGAGCGAGCCUUUAGAUGCUAUCCCAAUUGAAGACAAAUUGGAAGAACUUCAUCGAUACUGUCAGGAAGUGUUUGGACAAGUCGCCCAGUUCCAUCAACGACAGACUUUGAGACAUCCUGGACUGGACGAUGAAAAAGAGACCUCUGAAAGUGAAACAGUUCCAGAAGACUCCAGAGAAAUCCAGAAUGAUCCUUGGCAUAAGAUGGCCAUCAAUGAGGAGUCCUCUUCAACCCAGUCCCUUUGCCACCUUAUGGCCCCUACUCUACAACAUGAAAGAUCAGGCUGUGAAAUCCUCGUCAGUGUUGACUCCAUCCCAAUUCAGUGGGAUCACACAGGUGAUGUGGGAGGUUCUUCCUUUCACGAAGACGAACUAACUUACUACAGUGCAUUUUCAGGAAAGUCUGCUUCAGAAGCUCAUCCCUGGCAUUCUCCAGGUAGCCCAGUCCGCAUGAAACACCCAAACUUAACAGGCAGAGAUGGAUGGAAAUGUGUUGUUUGGUCCAGAGACAAGUGGGAGCUCAUUUAAGCUCAACACCUCAGAAAUAAACUCAGAAUGAAACAGAAGUUGAAGCACUGGCAGCAGCUGAACGCAGAUCUCAGUGACAUCUCUGCUUGGCUUGAUAAAACUAAGAAGGAGCUGGAAGGACUGCAAAAAGUGAAACCACCAACCAGCGUGUAGGCAUUGGAACAAAGCAACAAGAGGUUUAAAGACACGCUUAAAGCAUUUGAGAACUACAAGACAGUGGUGCUUUCCAUUAACCUGAACAGCAAAGAGUUCCAGAAAGCAGACAGCACAGAGUUCAAAGAGCUUCAGAACAGGGUUUGGAAGGUGGACUUGCACUGGGAGAAAGCAACUUACACACUGAGCAACUGGAGGAAAAAGUUGCAAUAAGCCCUACUGCAUUGCCAGGACUUCCAUGAUCAGAGCCAAAACCUAAUCCUGUGGGUAGCAACUGCUGAUAGCCAAAAGAAAGCAGUGCAAAUUACAGAUCCAAAUGCUGACCUCAAUACAAUACAGGAAUGCCAAAAGGAGCUAAUGAGGUGAAAGCUGUCCACAACCUAAUGGUGAAACACCUCAGUCUCCCUCCUUCUUCCACCGUGUAUUAUGAACAGCUUUACCGUUUUAGUACUUCCUUCUGCUGCUUUUACUUCUGGCUUUCAUGUUUCCAUAUUGUGAGGAAGACUACAGCUGCGCCGAGCAAAACAACAUCAAGCAUUCUUUCCAUCUCCCGCUGCAAUACUCCAACGGGCCUCCACCACUUUAGAAAGCAGCCCAGGAAUCUUCAAAUAUACCAAAACACACUCUCUGUGAUGCUUUUUCAUGCUUUUUAAUAGCUUCCUUUCCCUGUGGCAGGGAAUGUGUUAGAUUUCAUGUCUCAAAGUAUAUAUCUUGACAUAAUUGAACAUUUUUGUACAGAAAACUUUUUCUAUAGAUUUUUAAACUGUAAGCAGCAGCAUGCUUUAUACUCUGAUGCAAUAGAUGUACUAUUUUAUAGGGACAGUGCUCUUAAGCUUGCAAAGAGAUUGAAUACUGAGUUAUUAGAUGCAGAAACUACAUCGCAGUCAUCUUAAACACAGCAGUCUGUCUCAGGUUGGCAUGACAAACAAGCAGUUGAAGAGGCACUUUGCCUGAAAUCACUGCAUACCCUUCAUGUUACCUAUAGCUUUUGGGUCUGUAGUCACGUGGUGGAAAAAUAAACCUAUGUAUUUUUGAAUCAUCGUCAUUGUAUGUUAUUCAUCCAACACAUUCAGUAAUAGGGUGCACAUUUGUUUUGUUUUCCAUGAGGUGUUCCAGCGGUUAGGACUGCUGUGUUGUCUUUUUAUACUACUUUUGAGAUAAGAAAUUGCUCCAUUGUAUGGAAAUGGUAUAUAAUGCACAUAUUUUCUAGAUGAACAUGGUUACGUAGACUGUCCCUGGUGUAUACAGAUAAUGUAAGGACUUUUUUAA